AUGCCCCAACAAACCCCAGUCCUAAUAAUCGGCUCCGGCUCCGCAGGCCUCAGCGCCGCAACCUGGCUAGCUCGAUACAACAUUCCCUACCGAGUCCUCGAGCGCUCAACAGGGCCCCUCAAACUCGGAAAAGCAGACGGAGUCCAAUGCCGGACCGUCGAAAUCUUCGAGUCCUUCGGCAUGGGCGAGGAGCUACUCCGGGAGGCGUACCACGUACUCGAGGUGGGCUUCUGGGCGGACGAUGGGAGUGGGAGUGUAAAGAGGACCGGGCGUACAGCAGAUGUCCAGCCAGGGCUUUCGCAUUGCCCGCAUGUUAUCCUUAACCAGGCGCGGAUCAAUGGGCUUUUUAUUGAGAAGAUGGAGGAGUUUGGGGGGAGGGGCGUCGAGUAUGGGUGGGAUGUUCGGGAGGUUAGUGUGGAGAAGGAGGGGGAGUUUCCGGUGAGGGUUACCGCUCGGCGAGUGGAUGAGACUGGAGUUGAUGAGGGGGCAGAGGAGGUUUUUGAGGCGAAGUAUGCGUUGGCGUGUGAUGGAGCACACAGUACAGUGCGUAAAGCCCUAGGAUACAACAUGAUCGGAGACAGCACAGACGCCGUGUGGGGUGUAAUGGACAUGGUCCCACGCACCGACUUCCCCGACAUCCGCAAGAAGGUCUCCAUCCGCUCAAAAGCAGGCAACAUGCUGAUCAUCCCACGGGAAGGCGAGAAUUACAACUUGACCCGAUUCUACAUCGAGCUGCCGGCUGGUACGAAACCAAAAGACGUCAAGCUAGAAGACCUACAGCAAGCCGCGAGGAACAUCUUCAGCCAGUACGAAAUUGAGUUCACCGAGACGGUUUGGUGGUCUGCCUAUGCCAUCGGCCAGCGACACGCGGACUUCUUUCACAAAGACUAUCGCGUUUUCCUUGCGGGCGAUGCGUGUCACACGCACUCUCCGAAGGCCGGGCAAGGUAUGAAUGUCAGCCUUCAGGAUGGGUAUAACAUGGGCUGGAAGCUUGCACAUGUCCUCAAGGGCUUGGCUCCGCCGUCACUGCUGGAGACAUAUGUUCUGGAGCGGCAGAAGGUGGCUAUUGACCUGAUUAACUUUGACCGAUACUUCUCGAAGUUGUUCUCGUCGGAGGGAAAGGCUUCGCCGGAGGAGUUUCAAGAGGGAUUCAUCAAGUCUGGGAAGUAUACGGCUGGGCUGACAGCGAAGUACGAUGAGUCUCCUAUAACUUUGGACUUGUCGCUUUCGGACUCCUUGGCAAAGAAUGUUGCUGUCGGGAUGAGACUUCCGAGCUCUCAGGUAGUCAGACACUGCGACUCGAAACCGGUCCAGCUUGCUACAGCCCUUAAGUCUGACGGACGGUGGAGAGUGAUGGUGUUCGCCGGGGAUCUUAGCCUUCCUCAGAACAAGACGCGGCUCGAUGCGAUUGGCGCCUAUCUCAGCUCAAAUGAAAGCCCUCUACAGACCUUUCGUCUGAACAAUGAUUGUGACAGCCUCAUCGAGCCGAUCCUCGUUGGAUACGGCCCGCGACAUAAUGUCGAGCUCAACCAGAUUCCUUCGGCAUUCUAUCCCAUCACAGGCACGAACCAGAUAAAAGACCUCCAUAAGAUCUUCUUCGACGACGAGAGCUACGACAAGAGGCACGGCCAUCUGUAUAACUAUCUUGGAAUCAGCCCCGAGAAUGGCGUUAUUGUUAUAAUUCGGCCUGACCAAUAUGUAUCUUCGGUUAUUGCUAUCGAUGACUAUAAGCGGGUCGGAGAGUUCUUCAACGGCUGCCUUAUUCCUCUGGAGAAACAGGGCUCUUUAACUGGCAGCAAAUUAUAA